AUGACUACAGUACCAAACUCUAUCAAACUUUUAGCUGGUAAUUCACAUCCUGAAUUAGCUGAAAAGAUUUCAAAAAAAUUAGGAUUACCAUUAAGUAAAAUCGGUGUUUAUCAAUACUCAAAUCAAGAAACUUCAGUGACUAUUGGUGAGUCAGUUAGAGAUGAAGAUGUUUAUAUCAUUCAAACAGGUUGUGGAGAAGAUGAAGUUAAUGAUUUCUUGAUGGAAUUACUUAUAAUGAUUAAUGCUUGUAAAACAGCUUCAGCUCGUCGUAUUACCGCUGUGAUACCAAAUUUCCCAUACGCUAGACAAGAUAAAAAGGAUAAAUCUCGUGCUCCAAUAACGGCUAAAUUAAUUGCAAAUUUAUUACAAACUGCAGGUUGUCAUCAUGUUAUCACAAUGGAUUUACAUGCUUCACAAAUUCAAGGUUUCUUUCGUAUACCUGUUGAUAAUCUUUAUGCUGAACCAAGUGUUUUAAGAUAUAUUAAAGAACAAUUUGAUGUUAAGAAUUCUAUAUUAGUCUCUCCAGAUGCUGGUGGUGCUAAAAGAGUUGCAUCAAUUGCAGAUAAAUUAGAUUUACAAUUUGCUUUAAUUCAUAAAGAACGUCAAAAAGCUAAUGAAAUUAGUCGUAUGGUUCUUGUGGGUGAUGUUAAAGAUAAAAUCUGUAUUUUGAUUGAUGAUAUGGCUGAUACUUGUGGUACAUUAGUUAAAGCCGCUGAUACAUUAUUACAAAAUAAUGCAAAAGAAGUUAUUUCAAUUGUUACUCAUGGUAUUUUCAGUGGUGAUGCAGAAAAAAAAUUAGCAAAUUCUAAAAUUUCAAGAAUUGUUUGUACAAAUACUGUUCCAAUUAAUAUUGAAAAUGAAAGAUUAGAUCAAAUUGAUAUAAGUCCAACUUUAGCUGAAGCUAUUCGUCGUUUACAUAAUGGUGAAAGUAUUUCAUAUUUAUUCAGUAACGCACCACCAGUAUGA